UUACGCGGGAGGCACGCGGGGCCGCGCCUUCCUUCCGGACCGGGAACGACGCGUGCGUCGGGGAAUUUCCCUGGUCCUGGGCUGCCGGCUCCUGUCCGAUCGGGAUAAAAGGGCUUCGCCCGGCUCGGGGAGCCACAGAGUCCGCUCCGCCAGCCCUCCAGCCUGCCUUCCCGCCGCACGCAGCGACCCUCCAAGCUGAACGCCAUGGCCCGCGCCGCGACCCCCGCCACUGCCCGGCUCCUCCGCGCCGCGCUGCUGUUCCUGCUCCUGGUGGCCACCGGCCGGCGCGCAGCAGGGGCGCCUGUGGUCACCGAACUGCGCUGCCGGUGCCUGCAGACCUUGCAGGGGAUUCACUUCAAGAACAUCCAGAGCGUGAAGGUGACGCCCCCGGGACCCCACUGCGGCCAAACGGAAGUCGUAGCCACUCUCAAGACUGUUCAGGAAGUUUGUCUCAACCCUGAAGCUCCCAUGGUUAAAAAAAUCAUCAAUAAGAUGCUAAACAAGGACAGCUCCAGCUGACCAGGGGGAAGGAGGAAGCUCCUGGAUGGCUGUUCCUGAAGUAGGCCCUGCCCUUACAGGGAUCAAAGAGGAAAAAGAGGAAUCGCCAGCUCCUGCGGCCACCUGGAUCGGGCUUAAUAUGUUUCAACAUCUCUUAGGAGGGUUCUCCCACUUAUUUAUUUACUUUUUAUUUAUUUAUGUGUUGCUUGGUUUUCAAAGACUCUGUUAAUAUUUACAUGUAACAUAAUUAAGGAUGUGAUUGACUCUACUCGCACACUGUGUCAUUAAUUUUAUUAUUUAUUUUAUGAAAAAAACCCAAGUUAAUUUAGUCCUGAUUCUUACCUAGUUUGAAGUAGAAGGGUUGCAAAUAUUCUCCAGUCAUUAAACUAAUAUUUCUGAGGAGCCCACAGCAUGCUAGCCCCUGUGACAGAAACUGGGGCAUCCAAACAAAUAGUGAGGUCAUUGUCAGCAUGGGGGGGGAUGUAUGUGUACAUCUAGUUUUGUAAAUGUUUAAAAGAAUGUUCGUUAUUAUUUAUUGAAAUGAUUUCAAAAUAUGUGGUCAGCAUUUCUCAUGUUGCCGCUUUAAGAACUACAAUGUUCUAAAUAUCCUUUGGACAUUUUAUGUCUUUCUUGUAAGGCAUAAUGCCUUGUUAGUGUUAAUUAUGCAGUGCUUUUCUAUAUCUUACAAAAGAGAAGUUUAAAUAUUUAUUGAUUUACAAAGAACACGAAAAUAAAGUAUUUCAA